ACUCAAUCAUUGCAUUCUCCAAGUCUCACAGCCGCACUAUCUCAAUCACGCGCGCAUUACAAGACCCCACGUCGACACGAGCACCACGUCUCUCCUACAUCUGUUCUUGAAUUUUGACUCACCCAAUCUAACGGGAUGGCCCCAAAAAAGUUUUCUUUUUUCGUUUUUGGGUCGAUGAGUCUGGUUAUUGGGGUAGUUUUGUUUUGUUUUUUUGUUUCCCCUCUCUAUCUGUGAAUAUUAGCUUUUGAAUCCCACUUCAAGAUUUGGGAGACAAACUUGACAUGGUAGGCCGGUUGUUCCUGUAUUUUCUUGGGUUCCUUUCUUUUUGACGCCAGAUAUUUGAAUUCUGUUUCGUUUUCUUUCUGGUUCUUCCGAAUUCUUCUCUCUCACAAGAAGAAGAAGAAGAAGAGAAUCGGCAAGAAAGGAAGGUUAAAUGCUCGAGAGCUACUUCUCUUUCUUGUUGCUUGUGAGACCCACCACUCGAGAAGCAGCUGCAGCAAGCACAUAUACAUACCCGCACAUUCCCCCCCUCUCUCUCUCUGAAUCCACUUUUUAGGCCUCUUUUUUGCACCUUGUCUUUUUGCAGCUCCCAUGAGUCUUUCAAAUGUCCAAGAACAAAUCAUCAGGGUGCUCAGAAAUGGUGACCCACUUGGGCGUAUUGAACAAAUUCAAGCGUCUGAAGAACCCUCUUGAGCCUUCUUUAGGAAUAGUUGGGUUCCUAUUUGUAGCUGUCCUCUUCAUCGGCUCUUGUUUUUACUUGGACUACGGGGCCGUGACUCAGAGGCUGCGAAACACCAGGCAGUCCUGGCUUGGCGGUGGCCGGGUGCCGCCGGAUGAGGAGGCGGCGGCGGGCGGGCGUCCCGGGUUUCUCGAGGAGGGCGGUGGCGGGUGUGACGUGUUUGAUGGGAAUUGGGUGUGGGAUGAGAGGUAUCCUCUGUAUGAGAGCAGAGACUGUGCCUUGAUGGAUGAAGGUUUCAGGUGUUCUGAGAAUGGGAGGCCUGAUAGUUUCUACACCAAGUGGAGAUGGCAACCUAAGAUGUGUGACUUGCCCAGAUUUGAUGCAAAGAUGAUGCUGGAAAGGUUGCACAAUCGAAGGGUCGUAUUUGUCGGUGACUCAAUUGGUCGGAACCAAUGGGAAUCCCUCCUCUGCAUGCUUUCCUCCGCUCUUUCUGAUAAGGCCGCAGUCUACGAAGUGAAUGGUAGUCCAAUCACCAAGCACACUGGGUUCUUGGUGUACAAGUUCAGGGAUUUCAACUGCACAGUUGAAUAUUUCAGAUCUCCAUUUCUAGUGGUCCAGGGCCGAGCUCCGGUUGGAUCUCCAGAAGAGGUGAAGGUUACCCUCAAGUUGGAUCAGAUUGACUGGACUUCUAACCUGUGGGUAGACGCUGAUCUGCUGGUUUUCAAUACCGGGCAUUGGUGGAAUUAUGAGAAGACUGUACGCGGGGGCUCUUAUUUCCAGGUUGGAAAUGAGGUCAAGAUGAAUAUGACUGUUGAAGAUGCAUAUCAGAGAUCGCUAGAGACGGUACUUGACUGGAUCAGUGGUCAUGUGAAUAUGAGCAAGAGUCAGGUCUAUUUUCGGUCUUAUGCACCUGUACAUUUUAGAGGUGGAGACUGGAGGUCCGGGGGAACAUGUCACUUGGAGACUCUACCCGAAUUGAGCUCCUCCCCAGUUUCAUCGGUCCAUCUAAAAAUUCUUACCGAUUUGCUAACUGAUCGGUCCAACCAAACAGUAAAGAAUAACCCUGGCGUGCUGAAUAUCACAGCCAUGACGGCACGCAGAAAAGACGGCCAUUCCUCUUUAUAUUACCUGGGGACUGAGUUGGGUCCUGCUUCGCUCCAUAGGCAGGAUUGUAGCCAUUGGUGCUUGCCUGGCGUUCCGGAUGUGUGGAAUGAGCUUCUUUUUGCCUUUUUCCUGAAGCAUGACUCCGUGCGGUUGCGAGAUUUGACAAAUGCUUCAUGAGUCUCGUGCUGAAACGAGUAUAAUGCGGUGGUGUUUACACCAACAUGAAGAGCUUUACGUCCUAGGAGUUGCAACAGCAAAUUGAUGACAUAGCUUUUAGUUCACUCUUUGUUCUCGAUUGCCCCGUGCGUACCAGAAUUUAUGGAAGUCGAUGAGAAGCUCGCAAUCGGACAGGAUUCGACCCCAGGUGGAAAGUUUUUACCUUUCUUGUUUUCCCUUUCAUCCAUUACAUUUUUUUUAGCUUUCUCUUUUCGGGUGUUCGGAUUUGACACCAUGGAUGUCAAAAAGCAGUACAGAGGCUAAGAAAGUAGAUACACACAUUUUCAUUGUACAUGCCAUAGUUAUACAUGAUUGAAAGGAGAUGGUGAAAGGAGUGUUUUUUGUUAGAGCUUUGGGAUAUCAA